AUGUCAUUCCACGCGGGAGGAGCGGCCAACCUUCGGCUUUUAGACCCAUCCAUUCACGGCGUCGGACACAUGAAGGCGAUUUUGAUCAACCGGAUCUCCGAACUGGAUUUCACUCAUCUCGGAUCGAUUCUCGCCGUCGUUGGAGUCGUGCCUGCUGCGUGGAGAUUUCUCCAUCGUGCUUGGCGAGAAGCUGCGACGUGGGUGAAGCGAUGGUUUAUUGCCUCAGUUACGAUCCCCGCUGGCGACCCUUUGAAUAGGAGCGUCAGCAGCUGGGUUCUGGAGAGCGUGAUAGAUCCCAGAAAUCUGCGAUUCCACACAGCCCGGACUGAAGUCGGGCGAGAUCUGGAGCCUGGAGCGUCGUUGAAGAAGACACAACGAGCGGUUCAAUACUUUCCUCAUUGGGAGACGGCGUGGUUCUGGCAUGGCUCGAAGCUGUUUUAUGUCAGUCGCUCGUUGAAAAGCUUCAGUGCUUCUAUGAAUGACCCAACAUACGACGGCGUUGGAGGGGAAGAAUUGUCAAUCAGCUGCCUUGGCCUGUCAGCCGACCCUAUCCGGGAUUUCAUUGAUACAUGUCGCGAGUACGCCGAGAAGAAGACGCAAUUCUAUGUAAUAAUAUACAGCAGAGAUCGCUAUGGCCUCUCGUGGAAGCCGAAAUAUCGUAAACCACUGCGCCGACUGGAGACGGUGCAUUUUGACGACAGCAUCAAGCAGGCCCUUUUGGCAGAUAUCCGCAACUAUCUGGAUCCGAGGACACAGAAGCUGUACCAGAGCCGCAGUAUGCCAUACCGGAGAGGCUAUCUGUUCUAUGGACCCCCGGGAACUGGAAAGUCGUCUCUGUCCACUGCUAUCGCUGGAGAAUUCGGACUUGACCUGUACGAGGUCAAGGUGCCAAGUAUUGCCAAUGAUGGCGACCUCGAGCAGAUGUUCCAGGAGAUACCUCCGCGCUGCAUCGUACUUUUGGAGGACAUUGAUGCGGUCUGGGCCCAGCAACGCCACGAAAGGCCUUUGAAUGACAGCGAUAGUGACAAAUCCGGCAGCACUAUCUCCAAUGUCACAUUAUCUGGCCUUCUGAAUGUUCUCGAUGGCGUUGGGUCACGGGAAGGCCGGAUAGUAAUCAUGACCACCAACCACUCAGAACUGCUGGACCCUGCACUUGUUCGACCUGGCCGUGUUGAUUUCAAGCUCUACAUGGGCAAUAUCAGCAAGCAUUCUGCCGAGCAAAUGUUCCUGCGAAUGUUUGAGCCUGAUCUCCUCAGCUGGGCUCGUGACGCCUCCGAAAAGUUGGAUGGGCUUGACAGGCACGUCACCUUGGAGCAGCUGAAGAUGUUGGCCUCUCAAUUCGCCAGAGAGAUCCCCGAUGACACAUUUACACCUUCGCAGUUGCAGGGCUUCUUCCAGCUGCAUCUGAACGAUGUAUCUCACGCCGUUUCGAGCAUUGCUGCAUGGGUGAAAGCGCAACAAGCUGCGAAUAAUACGUGUAAUAAGGACUUUGAGAUCUGCUGA